AUGGCUCGCAAGAAGGUGAAUCUCCAGUGGAUCACCAAAGCCUCCAGCCGUCGUGCGACCUUUAAGAGGCGCCGCAAUGGCAUUAAGAAGAAGGUCGAUGAGCUAGCCACGCUCUGCGGCACCAAGUUUGAUCAUCUCAUCCACCAAAUCUUGGCCCAUGAUCCAAAUUUCAGCCCUCAUGUUAUCAUUAGCAGAUUCAUUGAUGGUUUACAGGAUGCAAUUCGUUCUGUAGUUCUUGUACACCGUCCUGAAGAGGUGCUGUCCGAAGUACCUUCCAAGGACAGCAAACGCCAAGAUGGGGGUUCAUCGACCAAGCCCUCUUUCACCAGAUGUUCCCCUCCAAGAACCUUGACUGCUACUCCAUCUACUGGUACCACAAAACAAGUUGAAGCCACCAAACAAUCUGGUGUAGAAGAGAAGCUUCAUAAUAUCAAGCAAUAUAGAAGGGCCAAAGGAUUAUGUUUCAAGUGUGGUGAUAAAUGGAAUCUAGCUCACAAGUGUUCCAACACUGUAUGGCACCUUUUAUCUGAUGAUGAUGAUUCAUCUCCUCCUGACACAGCUAGACUCAGUACUGAUUCUGGAGAAGAUUUGAUGGAGCUCUCACUAGCAGCUAUUCAGGGUACUGCUUGUGUACAAACUGUGUUGAUGGAAGGCAAAAUUAACCAGCGUUCUGUAGUGUUGCUCAUUGAUUCUAGAAGUUCAUGCAGUUUUGUCAGUCACAGUCUUACAUCUAUGUUACCUGACUGGUCUCCUCUUCCUCAGCUAGUUCAGAUUAGAGUGGCUAAUGGUACCAUCUUAAUGUGUACUCAUGAGUUACAACAGUGCCCUGUGUAUGUCCAAGGUCAUUGUUUUACAAUCAACCUGAAGAUUUUGCCAUUGCAGUCUUAUGAUGUGAUAUUGGGCAUUGAUUGGCUUCAGCAACACAGUCCCAUGGAACUAGACUGGAAAGAGAAAUGGCUGUCAUUCAUUCAUCAGGAACAGAAAAUCCAAUUGUUUGGGCUGCAACCUGAUUUGUCUUCUUGCCCUGUCAUUACUGCAACUGAAGUUAUGCAGUUACAAGAUGCUGAUCAAUUGUGGGGUAUUUGGGAACUAUUUCAGCUGGAGCCUCACCAUAUCUCCAGUAGCUGGAGCCUCACCAUACCACAAAACAGGUUUGUCAAACGUGAGAUCUCGUUCCUUCUCUAUGAGAGCAUGGAUGGACGCCACCUUGGCCUCAUCGGCACCACUGAGAAGGAACGCACCAGCCUUGGCGAGAUGGUAGAAGAGAAGACUAAGAAAGUCAAAGAACGUAUACGACAGCUUCAUCAGCUUAGCAUCUGGCAGGGAAAGGGAGCAGCACCGGAGCCCCCUCUGCCACUGUAG